AUGGCACCAACAACUCCAGAAUCUGAAGCUCAUCAAGCGCUCAUCGAUCAGCUUGAUGUUCACUCAAUACGAAGACCAUUUCGUAAUACACACUGGAGACCCAACCAACGUCGCAACAAGAAUAUUAAGACCAUUCUCGGUGACGCGGUUAGAAAGGAAGCAUCACUUAUACCGACGCAAGAUAACAGCGGCGCUGCAACACCUUUCUCUGAGGAUAAUACUACUUCAACUGAUGGUGAUUUGACACCUGCUUCUACAAGCGCUCCUACACUUCAACCGAACCUUGCACAGGCUUCGAAGAAUUUGUCGAAAUUGGUAUUGGAAAGGAACAUGAGGACAAAUGGCUUCUCCAAUGCGCCCAAUGCGACAUAUACAAAUAUCGAAUCGGCGCCAUCUCUGGCACAUCCAAAGCAUUAUUGUGAUAUUACAGGGCUGCCAGCACCAUAUACGGAUCCCAAGACGAGGCUACGAUAUCACAACAAGGAAGUGUUUGGGGUAGUUAGAUCUCUGGGUCAGGGAGUUGCAGAGCAGUAUUUGGAAGUACGAGGAGCGCACACUGUUUUAAAAUGA